AUGUAUGCAUCAAGCGUUAAUAAUGUUCUUUUUCAUACAGCAAUACAAUUAAGUGUACCUGGCGUUACAACACCGAUGGGUUCAAUUCCUUCAAAAUUACAUUCGUAUUCAGAUAUUGAAUACUUGUCUUUAACAAAAAAAAUCAGAUGUAAUCUUUCGUCAUUUUCAAAACAUUCUCAUUUGAAUAAUAAACAAAGAAAGAAAAACGUACGUGAUAUAGUUACACAAACAAAUACUCAUAAAAACCAACAACAUUCGAAUCAUUCCGAUGAUAACAAUAAGCAAGAAAUGACGACAGCUAUAACUUCAACAUCAAAAGGUUAUCUAUCACCUUCACAAUAUUAUCAAUAUCCAAUAUCAUCAACAAAACAUAAUAAUAAUAAAUCAAUAAAAAAUACAUUACUUGGUAUUUGGCAAGGAUUAAACAAUGAUGAAUUACAUUCAUCACCUAUUCAUUCAAAGUAUAUUGAAGAACAUGUCAAAAAAAAUACACCAAAUUGGAAAGCUUGUUCUAAAGUUGUUACAUCAUUACUUACAUUUACUCGCACAAAAAAAGAAAAAUAUGAAUGGAUACAAUUAGUUGGUCAUCCUGGAACAUUUAAAGAAGGUAUUCAUGAUGGUUAUGUAUUAAAACAAUUGAAUGAAAAUGAACGAAUCUGUUGUGAAUUAUUACAAAAUGAUAGUUUGAAAAAUUUUGUUCCAAAAUAUAAUGGAACUAUCGAAGAUGACGAAGGAAAAUUUUUUAUUGAAAUGGAAGAUCUAUUAGCUUCAUUUCAUGAACCAUGUAUAAUGGAUUGUAAAAUAGGUGUAAGAACUUAUUUAGAAGAAGAGCUUGAGAAAUCUGAACGUAAUCCAGAACCAAGAGCUGAUUUAUAUAAUAAAAUGAUUACAAUUAAUCCAUUAGCUCCAACCGAAAAAGAAAAUCAAGAAAAAAAAAUUCUUAAACCACGUUAUAUGAUAUGGCGAGAAAGUUUAAGUUCAAGUCAAGAUUUAGGUUUUCGUAUUGAAGCUAUUAAGAAAUCUCGUGGUUUGAUGUCAAAAGAAUUUCAAAGAAUUAAAGAACGUAAUGAUGUUAAAAAACAAUUAAUGGAUUUUAUUGAUAAUUCAUUACCACGUGCUACCGGAUAUUAUGAACGCCUUGUUGAAUUACGUUCAACAUGUACUAAUUCAGAUUUCUUCCAAACUCAUGAGUUAAUUAGUUCAUCUCUUUUAUUUGUACAUGAUGGAAAUAAAGCAUCAUUAUGGAUGAUUGAUUUUGGAAAGACACGUUUAUUGCCAAAAGAUAUUUCUAUAACACAUCGAAAACCAUGGGUACGUGGUUCACAUGAAGAUGGUUAUUUAUUUGGCUUAGAUAAUUUAAUAACUUUAUUUCAUGAAAUAAUUCAUGAAAUAACAUUUUCUUAA